AUGUCCACUUCCCAAGAUAUCAACAAUUUCCAAUCACCAUCAACCCCUCGACUCCCAAUGGACGACCCCCAGAUCACCCAGAAACCAGCCAAUGGAGACAUCAAGAAAGAUGAAAAUCAUGUUGCAAAGGACGACAUCAAGAAGCACACUGUCAAGGAAUCUAUCAAGGCUUUUCUGCAACGGAAGCAGCAUCAUGCGAGUGAGCGGUUGGCCGAUCAAGUCAAGCACGAUGUCGACUACGCUCAAACCCUCCUCACUAAGUCGAGAGAUUUGGUUGCAAAGCAUGAUGGCAUGCUUACCUGGAUUUGCGGCACAAUCUCCGAAAUCCAGGACAAUCUUGCCAGGUUUAACGGCUGUAUCCCGAUCCAGAAUAAUACAGGUGUAACUCUAAAGCGAAGUAAGAGACGGUGGGAAGAGCACAGUCGGGUUCUUGAAGCUAACCAUUCUUCUCUCAUGGCUGCUAUUAAUGUCAUGCACCAACUCACGUUGACGCAGAGGAAGUCAGAGCCAGCAUGGAGCAGUAUGCCUCCGUCAGACUAG